AUGAAGAAAUGGCAAGCACAAAUAGAAGCUGCCAGUACUUUCAAGGACGAUGACAGCAUGGUCAGCAAUGGAAGCUUGAACAUGCAGAUCUACAAGUCAACCUCAAAGAUGGAUUCAUUGAAGCACUGUUCUCAAUGGACCAAAGACAACAAGAAACCUUUCAAGUCUAAUGGAAGUAAGCACUGGGAUAUCGAUCUUGGUGUGCAUCUUGAUUCUGGAUCUACGUUCAGCCUACGAAUGAACAAAGAUUACGCCAAACCGGGCACUGUGUCUGACCUGGAUUAA